AUGGUUCAAACAUCAAACUCAGUGGUCUCUACAUCUGAUGCUCCAAGCGCAAUCGGACCUUAUUCUCAAGCGAUCAAGACUGGUACAGGACUGGUUUUCAUCAGCGGUUGUAUCCCACUUGACCCUAGUACGAUGUCAGUAGUGGGAUCAAACGGUGAUGUAGCUGCUCAAACCGAACAAUGCCUCAAAAACUUGAAAGCCGUCCUUGCUGCUUCUGGAUCCUCCGUUGAAUCAGUAGUCAAGACUACAGUCUUCAUCAAGGAUAUGAACAGCUUUGGAACUAUCAAUGAAGUAUAUGCUCGCACUUUUGCUGAUCACAAACCGGCUCGAAGUUGUGUUGAGGUCUCUAGAUUACCGAAAGAUGUAUUAGUUGAGAUUGAGGCUAUUGCCACAGUUGUUUGA